GUGCGGCUGAUCCCCAGCCCCUGGCAGCCUCCGGAGAAAGAAACCACUCCUAGCCUUACCCCGGAGGGGUGCUCGGCGCAGCAGCCACAGCUAAGAGUGCUUCCUGGCACUCUCUCCCGGCACUGCUCCUGCCCGGCUUGUGCCGCCCGGUGCCCAUGGCCGAGAAGACCUUUCGCUAUGGGUUCAUCAUGCUGGGUUUCUUCCUGGUGAUGACAGGGAUGUUCAUCAUGAGCGUGGAGAAGCCUCACAUCUACAUCACCUUCUGUGCCCUGGGCGUCCUGCUCGUAGCCGUGGGCAUCACCUGGAGCAUGUGCCAGUGCUACCCCAAGAUAACCUUCAUCCCUGUGGACCCUGAGGCUGAGCGGUUCCUGGACCACAAGGGCACGGUGAUGCCAGCAAGGGACACCUGCUUGCAGGCACCGUGUCCCAGUGAAGAGGCCACCAGCAUCUAUGAGAAAAGUCUUCCAUCCUACGAGCAGAUUCAGAGGCAGGCGGAGGGCUCAGCCCUGCAUCCGCCCAUGGCCCAGCCCAGCCCUCGCAGCUGCUCCCAGCCGGGCAUGCAGGCAAAAGCAGAGGUGCACCAGGAACCCGGGGGUGGUGCAGCCCCCCGCCAAGAACCAGUGCUUCUACUGGAAGUGUCGGCAGACAGCUGCCCACCCAAGCCGCCGCUGGGGGGCGCCUCGCUGGCAUCCCUCCUGGAGGACAUGGACACACCGUCGCUGGAGGGCUCUGUGCCUGGCAGCCCCGUGCCGCAGGGCCGGCCUCUGCCAUCUGCCAUCUGCUGCAGCUGCACCCCAACCAGCUGCCCAGCGCGGGGACAGCACCCUGGUACCCCCCACAAAGACACUCUGGAGGAUGACCUCUACUACGGGCUCCAGGAUGGGCCCAACCCUCUGCUCGAGGACAGUGACUGCGUUUUUGAGCCUGAAAACUGAUUUGCUGGGGAGAGUGGCCACUUGGCACGGACUCAUGUCAUGAGGGGGACACAAAUGUCACAGGCUGGGGCUGCUCCCUGAAAGCUCAGUGCCUGAAGGGUGGAGGGGCCCCCAGACUACCACCCAUCCCCUGUGCCAUGCUGUCCACUCAAGCCCGCCCAGCUGCACGGGAGGCUCCCAAGGGCAGCACCAACACCUCCUGAAUGCCUGCAGCACAAGGGACAAGGGGACCCUUGCUGGAAGCCUUUGGAUGGGUGCAGGAUGCAGGGCUAGGGGGGAUCUGGGCUAAAUAACGUGCUUAGGAAGGGAAAGGCUGAGCUUUGCUGCUUGAGAUAUGGGAAGUUCGUAGGUAGGUGAAGAUGCCUUCACUCCAGGCUGGCUUCACGAGACAGGGAUGUCCACAAAACCUUUUUCCCACUUAUCAAAGCCCCUCCGGGGUUAAAAUAAGAUCCUGAGACUCUAGCAGCAGGCAGGCUUCCUGCCUCCAGAGAGCACAGACUGUGCUGUCCCCCAUCUCCUGCAGGAGGACCAGCUUCCAGUGCCGCUGGGGGCAGGAGGACUCAGCCGAGCCAAGACCCAGGUGGUGGCUGUGGCUUCCCGCGGGAGGCUGGAGGUGAUGGGUUUGGGCAACCUUUUCUCUGUCAGCUGGGCUGGUGUCAGCAGCUGUGCUGCCGUGGGUGGCUUUGCCUGCCAGUGCCUGCCAUCUGCCAGCCCCCUCUGAAUAAUAAGCAUUGGUUUCAAAGUCA